UAGUACCGGAAGUGGCGACUGUCCCGCGUGGAUGGCGGUGGCGGCGGCGAUGACGGCGGCGGGCUGCGCAGGGGCUGGGGCGGCCCGCUCCCUCUCUCGCUUCCGAGGCUGCCUGGCCGGCGCGCUGCUCGGGGACUGCGUGGGCUCUGUCUACGAGGCGCACGACACCGUCACCCUGACGUCAGUCCUCCGUCACGUCCAGAGCCUGGAGCCGGACCCGGGCUCGCAGGGGAGCGCGCGGACAGAAGCACUGUACUACACAGAUGACACGGCCAUGGCCAGGGCCCUGGUGCAGUCCCUGCUGGCCAAGGAGGCCUUCGACGAGGUGGACAUGGCUCACAGAUUUGCUCAGGAGUACAAGAAAGACCCUGACCGGGGUUAUGGCGCUGGAGUAGUCACUGUCUUCAAGAAGCUCCUGAGCCCCAAGUGCCGUGACGUCUUCGAGCCUGCCCGGGCCCAGUUUAACGGGAAAGGCUCCUACGGCAACGGGGGUGCCAUGCGGGUGGCCGGCAUCUCGCUGGCCUACAGCAGAGUCCAGGACGUGCAGAAGUUUGCCCGGCUCUCAGCCCAGCUGACACACGCCUCCUCCCUGGGCUACAAUGGCGCCAUCCUGCAGGCCCUGGCCGUGCACCUGGCUUUGCGGGGGGAGUCAUCCAGGGAGCACUUCCUCCAACAACUCCUGGGCCACAUGGAAGAGCUGGAGAGUGACACCCAGUCUGUCUCAGAUGCCAGGGAGUUGGGCAUGGAGGAGCGUCCCUACUCCAGCCGACUGAAGAAGAUUGGAGCCCUUCUAGAGCAAGACUCCGUGACCAGAGAGGAGGUGGUUUCUGAGCUAGGGAAUGGCAUUGCUGCCUUCGAAUCUGUGCCCACUGCCAUCUACUGCUUCCUGCGCUGCAUGGAGCCUGACCCCGAGAUUCCCUCUGCCUUCAACAGUCUCCAGAGGACUCUUAUCUACUCCAUCUCCCUGGGGGGGGACACAGACACCAUUGCCACCAUGGCUGGAGCCAUCGCCGGGGCCUAUUAUGGGAUGGAACAGGUGCCAGAGAGCUGGCAGCAAAGCUGUGAGGGCUAUGAGGAGACAGACGUCCUGGCCCAGAAUCUGCACCGGCUCUUCCAGAAGAGUCUGUGAGGGCCAUGCUGCUGGGGCUCCGCUGUGUCCAGCAGGGCCAACUACAGCUCAGAUUGGAAACCCAGAGGCCCCCCCGGGGGCACAGGUGGCUGCCUCCAUCAUCCUGCUGUGUGGGCGGAGCACAGUGCUGGGGCGGGGCCCCUGGGGGAGGUCACGGGACAUGAGCAUGGAGGGCUGGUGCCUCCACGAUGCCCGGUUUCCGGCUCACUGCAGAGCCUGGGGCAAGCCUGGCUCCUCGGGCACAAGGGAGGGACCUGGGCAGCUUUGAUCAUGGAAGGGUAUUUGUGGCAUUUUCCUUUAUGAUCUAAGACAUGGGGUUGGGUGGGGGGCAGAAAUGAUGGGCAGUAGCAUCAUUUCUCCUUGUUGGGAUUUAGUCAGUUUGCCAGAAAGCACGUCUGUGGGCAGAGCCUCAGGCAGUAAGUUGACAGGGUCGGAAGCCAGCACUUGGCACCCAGCUGCUGUAGAUGGGUGGCCCUUGCUGUCAUGGGUACUAAGAGCUUCCAGCAGAACUCCCAGCAAUAAACAGUUGUCCGUAAAUCCUA